UACGGAGGACCCGUACUGAGGAGCGCAAGGUGCAAAACCUGGCAGAAUUACUGGCAGGCCACCAUUUUACACAUCUUGACCUAUGAGAAUUAAGAGCGGCUCGAUUCUGAAAACAUUGAAGUGCCCUUUGUGUGGGAAGCCGAUUCCAGAUGAAGAUCGAUCUUUCCAAAGAAGUACAGCUCUUGGGUGCCACAGACAUGUGCGCUCAGCACUGCAUCUCCUUGGCUGAUGUUCGGAAAGCUCAUUCGGAGAUCAGAGACAUCAUCCACGUCACCCCCAUCCUCACAAGCUCUACUCUGAAUCAGCUGGCUGGCCGGAAGCUCUUCUUCAAAUGUGAACUCUUCCAGAAGACGGGGUCCUUUAAGAUCCGAGGUGCACUCAGUGCUAUCCGGAGCUUGACCUCCGCCACAUCAGGAGACCAGAAGAAACCCAGAGCCGUGGUCACUCACAGCAGUGGGAACCAUGGCCAGGCGCUCAGUUUUGCAGCCAGAUUGGAAGGAAUUCCUGCCUAUAUUGUGGUCCCAAGAACAGCCCCUUCCUGUAAGAAAUCAGCAAUCCGGGGCUAUGGAGCCACCAUAGUGGAUUGUGAGCCCAGUGACGAGUCAAGAACAACCGUGGCAGCAAGAAUCGUGAAGGAAACCGAAGGAAUCAUGGUACACCCCAACCAGUCCCCAGCUGUGAUGGCUGGCCAGGGCACGAUUGCUCUGGAAGUGCUGGAGCAGGUUCCUACAAUGGAUGCCCUGGUGGUUCCCGUAGGGGGUGGAGGGAUGAUCUCAGGAAUAGCAGUUACAGUCAAGGCUUUGAGACCAGACGUGAAAGUGUAUGCUGCGGAGCCCUCCAACGCAGACGACUGCUUCCAAUCCAAGCUUAAAGGGAAACUAACCCCUAAUCCUUCUCCACCAGACACCAUAGCAGAUGGGGUUAAAUCAAGCAUUGGCACCCACACUUGGCCUAUCAUAAGGGAUCUGGUGGAUGAAGUCUUCACUGUCACCGAGGAUGAAAUUAAGCACGCCACCCAGUUGGUGUGGGAGAGAAUGAAACUUCUCAUCGAGCCCACGGCCGCAUUGGGAGUGGCGGCGGUGAUGGGCCAGCAGUUCCAGGAGAGGAUGCCUGCUGCACGAGACAUCUGCAUUGUGCUCAGUGGGGGAAAUGUGGACCUGGCAGCUCUGAGCUGGCUGAAGUGAUCAGGGAACCAGCUCUCUGGAGCAAUCUGGGAGGGACCAAGUUCUGAAGCCAAAACCUUCUUACCUAAUGGCUCCUUGAUGUGUCCUCUGCGGCCCCAUUUUGUCCUCAACUCCACUGGUUUAAACCACAGCACGUCCUCUGACAUUAAAAAACAAUCAACAAAGAA